AUGGGAAGCACUUUUCCCGAGCGGAAAUAUGACAUCCACCACCAAUGGCCAACUCCUCAUGCGAGACAAACUUUGCAAUCAUGGAGCAAGCUGAACUCUCAUAUCAAAUCCGGUACUGUCCACAUAGAUGGCAAGACACUGGAUGUUGCUGCCGUCGUAGCUGUCGCAAGGAACGGUGUGCGCUUGGCCCUCGCUGAGGACCCUAGCAUCAUCCAGCGAGUCGAAGCAAGCGUCGAGACUUUGCAGGACUACCUCUCGAAGGGAUACUAUCUCUAUGGCGUCAACACUGGAUUUGGAGGCAGUGCCGACACACGUACCACAGACCUGUACGGACUGCAACGUGCCUUGAUGCAGCACACCCAAAGCGCUGUCUUGACCCAAGAAGACAAGACCGACUCACCGAGCAGCCAUGAAUACCUCGAAUCUCACAGUAUGCCAAGUGCAUGGACAAGGGCUAUGACGGCUAUUCGCUGCAAUGCCAAUAUUCGCGGUCACUCGGCUAUGACCCGCAACAUCGUUGACUCGAUGAUCAAACUGUUGGACAAAGACAUCGUCCCGAUUGUGCCCUUGCGUGGCUCAAUCUCAGCCUCGGGAGAUUUAAUGCCCUUGUCGUACCUCUCUGGAACUAUCCAGGGUAAUCCAGAUGUCUAUGUGCGUGUUGGAGGUCGCAAAGGUGCCCCUAGGGUCAAAUCAGCCCAGCAAGCCCUCUACGAGGCUUCCAUUGAACCAAUUGUCCUAGGACCUAAAGAAGGUCUGGCAUUGAUCAACGGAACUGCUGCCGCUGCCGCCGUGGCGAGCUUGGGUCUUUAUGAGGCCAAUCAGCUGGCGCUCGUCUCGCAGUUGUUGACUGCACUUUUGUCCGAGGCCCUCUAUGCUAACAAUGAAUGGGCCCACCCAUUCGUCGCUGCCGCGCGCCCACACCAGGGCCAGAUUGAGGCUGCUCAGAAUAUUCGGACUUUCUUGAAGGGUUCCCGGCUGUCGUAUGGUCUGGAGCAGACCAAGGACCGCUUCUCUGAGGGACUGGCCCAGGAGCGGUAUGCGCUGCGAAGUUCUCCCCAAUGGCUCUCACCGCAGUUGGAGGACCUACUCAGUGCCGAGAAACAGCUUGUGACUGAGCUCAACUCCACCUCCGAUAAUCCUGUCGUUAACAGCGAGGACAAUGACAUCCACUCUGGAGCCAACUUCCAGGCAGCGGCCGUCACCUCGGCGACGGAGAAGAUUCGUCUGGCUUUACAGUCGAUUGGUCGAAUGCUAUUCAGCCAGGUCAGCGAGGUGAUCAACCACGAUUUGAGUAAUGGCCUCCCGCCUAAUCUGGCCGCUGAUGACCCGAGUCUCUCAUUCUGCCUCAAGGGCAUUGACGUUAACACCGCUGCCUACACGUCCGAGCUGGGAUUCCUAGCCAAUCCAGUCAGUAACCACGUCCAGUCUGCUGAGAUGCACAACCAAGCCAUCAACUCGCUCGGUUUGCUCUCCGCGCGCCAGACCAUGGCCGCAGUUGAGUGUCUCUCUUUGAUCGUCGCCAAUGCACUAUACACAGGCUGCCAGGGAGUGGACCUUCGUACACUCCACCGCACCUUCAUCGCAAGCUUGGAGGAGCCUGCUCGCCAACUUGUUGCAGGUCUUUUCCCCGAUACCCAUGACCUCCCGACGACGGAAAAAUUCUUCACCACCUUCUGGAAGCAAUUUGGGACCGCUUGGUAUGAUGCAGCGGUAUACGACGCAGCUGAACGUUCCCAGAAAGCCGCACAGUCCCUGGCCAUGACCGUUUUUGCCAACGCCAAGCAGAUUCCAACAAUCGUUUCGGUCGAGACAGUGACGAGUUUGACCAAGUCUUUUGAAACUCUCAUUCUAGAGACAUAUCUGCGUCAUCGUGAUGGCUUUUUCCAGAAUCCAACCACCGCGGAGUACCUCGGUCAAGGCACGAAGGCUGUUUAUCUCUUUGUUCGCGAGACACUCGGUGUGCCUUUGCACCGCGGUCUCGUGGAGCACCCCGUUGCCGGAGACAAACAAGGGAAUGUGAUUGACGCUCGUCCCAAGAAGACGAUUGGAUCCUGGGUUUCCAUUAUUUAUGAGGCGGUCCGGGAUGGGUCACUGUAUGCUGAAGUGUUUCGGUUCCUGGAAGUCAGUGGGGGAUCGAGCGUGUCUGGAGGUAUCAAUGGAACGAAAGCGGCGAAUGGGUUGAAUGGGCUGAAUGGGAACGGUAUUCACUAA